AUGUCUCGUAAAGCUCUUGGAUGGCGAGUCUCUUCGCAUUUAUCACUUUUACUCUUCGGCAAGGAAGUCUCACACAGUAAUCCAAUAUGGAACUACUCAUUGAUUUACCAAAAUCAAAACAACCCCAAAUUUGCAUUGAAAAGGAGAUAUCCAUGGCUCCAGUACCACGGCCAAGAUUGUCUUGGUGUUACGGUACAUGCCUAUAGUAUCGGGAGUGUCGGUACAUAUCCAAGCUGUCGCAACCCCUGGAUGUUACCUUGUGAGCCGAGAAAAGCCACCGUCGCCAUGGCUUCUUUUUUAUUCAAGUAUUGCCGUAUCGCGAAGAAAUGGGCUGGAACAGUGUAUCUCGGGAGGUCUGCUGUGAUUUUAAUUGGUUGUGGUGGCGAUUUGAAUAGGAUAAUUUACGACAUAUCAAAGGAACAAUACAACGAUGAUUGGAUAUCAAACUUCUAA